AAUUAUACCCCCGCGAUUAGUGACGCGCCUUGAAUCAGAAGAAGGGCAUAUAUCGUCUCCAGCCUUCAAAAUAGACGCCAAAACUCUCUCUCUCUCUCUCCGUCCACGAUCGACGACGACGACAACGACCACCACUCUUAACUCUAAACGAUUGAACCGGUGAAUUCGCCGGCGAUCUUAUCAGAAUGAGUAACGCGCUUCUCGACAUCGACCCUAUCGACCUUCAAUUCCCUUUUGAAUUGAAGAAACAGAUCUCCUGCUCUCUGUAUUUGGCUAACAAGACGGACAAUUAUGUAGCCUUCAAGGUUAAAACGACGAAUCCAAAGAAGUAUUGUGUGAGGCCUAACACUGGCGUUGUUCUUCCGAGAUCCUCUUCUGAAGUUCUUGUGACGAUGCAAGCGCAAAAGGAAGCUCCUGCUGAUAUGCAGUGCAAGGACAAGUUCUUGCUUCAAUGUGUUGUCGCUACUCCCGGUGUCACUCCCAAGGACGUUACUCCUGACAUGUUUAGCAAAGAGGCAGGGCAUCGAGUUGAGGAGACUAAAUUGAGAGUUGUCUAUGUUGAUCCACCACGACCACCUUCACCGGUUCGUGAAGGAUCAGAAGAAGGCUCUUCACCAAGAGCUUCUGUCUCUGACAAUGGGAACAACGCCGCUUCUGACUUUACUGCUGCUCCAAGAUUUAGCGUGGACAGGCUUGAACCUCAGGAUAACCCUUCUGAGGCGAGAGCGCUCAUCACAAGGCUCACCGAGGAAAAGAACUCUGCGGUUCAACUGAACAACAGACUUCAACAAGAAUUGGAGCAGUUGAAGCGUGGAAGCAAUAGAAGUCAGAGUGGUGGUGGAAUCCCGUUCCUGUACGUUCUCCUAGUGGGACUUAUCGGUCUAAUCUUGGGAUACAUUAUGAAGAGGACAUGAUGAUCACCUUGGAAAAACUAUAUACCACAAAACCCACAUCAAAAAGUGGCUUCGCCAAAAACACACCAAAAGACAUGAAAAUGAAAAAUCAAACUGUGGACAUUCAGUCCUCUCUUAUCGUCGUCAUUUCACCUUUAGUUUUGAAUCUUAAACCUAGUUGCGUUAGAGGAUUGAUUGUGUUACAGUUUUCAUAUGACUUAGAAUUUUCUUCAUCUUUUUCAACUUUUGUAAUCCUAAAGACAUUCUGUUUCUA